UUCAGGUGAUGAAAAGACCAUUUGCAAGUUCGGGUUCAUUUGGCCAUUGGCGGUUGAGCGGGCCCCAACAUUAAAAAGAUACUUGAACAAUGAAGGUCGUUCUUGCACUUAGCCUGUUGGGUGUUGCUUUUGGGUGCAUGCCAUCUCAAGCCCCAAACAGAGGUCCAGGUCCAAACGAAGGUCCAGGUCCGGACGAAGGUUCAAGUCCAAGCAUGGAUUCAGGCCCAAAACCUGAGAAGCCCUUCCUAUUUGGAGUUGAAGGUGCUUGGCCACCAUACGCUUUCCAAGAUGAGACAACAGGGAGAGGUAUUGGCUUCCUUCUUGAUGCAGUGAGAGAAGUGUGCAAAGUUGCUGGCAGAAAGUGUGAUAUUGUCUUCUCAAUGUCAAAUCUAGAGAAUUGCUACGAUCCUGAGGAUCAGUCGGGAGAGGCACUGAAUAACAGGCACUUUGAUGCAUGCCUUGGAUGGACCGCUACAAUGCAAAGAUGGAAUGUCUUUAACUUCUCUUCCCCCAUGCUAGACAUCGUCCCUGCCCAGAUCUACGUCAAGUCCGAUUCUGGUAUCGCUGAUUCUGAUGCCCUUCAAGGAAAAAAGAUUGGUUUUCGGAAGUACUGGUACAUGGACAAGUUCUGCAUGCGCCACUCCGGUUUGGCAAUAGGUGAUGACCAAGUUGAAGAGAUCGAUGCUGUAACUGGUUGGGAAGAUGUUGUCAAGGCUCUGGAGGACGGAAAGGUUGAGGCUGUGGUACUACCUGACAAUCAUGACAUAGCCCGAGAGAAGAAUCUCAUGCCUUUGAUUACUGGCGUUGAUUGCUCAUAUGGGGGCGCUACGGGUCUCAUGCACAGGAAGGACGUCGACACCACAUGGUUCAGCGAGGCUCUGCGAGAGAUUAAAGAGGGGUUUGCAUAUUCAGAUUUAUGCAAGAAAUGGAAUGUGCAUAACUGUUGCCAGUAG